GCACAGGCAGUGAAACCAAACCACCACAUUUCUAAUUUCCUGUCCUUGGUAAUCAUCAUAUUUUCAGUUCUUGUCCCCAUAAGACAGCCACACACGAACUGGGCCACCAUAAAAACAUGUCUGCGAUUGUCAAAAAGUCGUCUUUAUUUUGGCAAAUCGCCUGAAUUAAACCUGGGUCUGAGUUUUGACAUCACACUAGACGAUGAUUGACGUCCACAAUGAUCAAUUCUUAUUCGCGKGGCAGAAGACGAUACAAAUGAUAUCUGCAAGUAACCUUGUGGUAUAGUUUAACAACCGGUACUCUUUCAUUGAAUAGACAUCGUAACAACCAGUCGACUACAGCAAACGCAAGUAUGGACGUUGAUUGCACGCCAAACAAUUCAGUCAAUCAUGCAAGAUUAAUGACAUCUCCGCUUCGAGUAAGAACCACGACGCAGUCUUCUCCAGCACGUUACUCCUUCUCGUACAACGAACUAUACCAGUUACUGUAUCUCCAGCGGGAAGUGGAGAAUGUCAAGCUAGAGGACAUAAAGACUAUUAUCCAGCCUAGCAGCCCGGACAAGAAAGGUGUACUGAAAAAUAAAGAUACUUUGGUUUCAUGCGAAACAUGUCGUGGACAUCCCAAAGCAGAAUGUAAAGACCACGGACCAUCCGUCUUUGCAAGGAAAAACAAGUCCAAAGAACUUCAAUUUUCUUACGCUGUAUCGUCAUUUCCUGAUGAAGUUCAACUAUGCUGGUCAGGUAUUCCUGGGGCAGGAUACGGUGUUAGUGCAAAACAGCAUAUUCCAAUCGGAACAUGGAUCGGCCCUUACGAAGGUAGACGAAUACGUCCCGAGGACGUCACGAAGGAGAUGGAUACGAGCUAUAUGUGGGAGAUCUUCCAAGAAGGUCGAUUAGUGUGUUAUCUUGACGCCAGUGACGAAAACACCUCAAGUUGGAUGAGAUUCAUUCGGUGCGCCCGCCAUCGCGAUGAGCAGAACCUAUAUGCAUUCCAAUACUGCGGAAACAUCUAYUAUCGCGCUUUCAGAAACAUCCAAGUGCAACAGGAACUGUUAGUAUGGUACGACGAUAAAUAUCAGCAACAUAUGGGUUUACCACUCAAUAUACAAGACAUGGCUGUGGUGGAUCCUAAUGCUUUGGCUGCAAUGAUGCUUUCUUCCAACAGGCAACAAGCUACUGUUUGACAUGAUGGCUUGUAAUGUAAAGCCGCCAAUCAACGAACAGCAUCCAGUCACACAAUCUGCACAUUAUGUCACACAAUCCAUUCCAGUGACCGUCACAAAACAUUCACCUAAAGAGGUUGCCCCUCAAGGAUUGGCUAAUCAUCAUCACAUGAGAACUAAUGCUUCUCAUUCAGCAACAAAAGCUCCUGUCCAAAGGGUCACGCCGGUAACGCAAUAUCAAACUAAGGAAACGCACUGUGAGCCAGCAAAUGUUACGCAUCCGAUUCUUGUUAGCUGCACAACAAAGUAUCCCAUAGUAGUAGCAGCACCUGUUAGCACACUUUUAAUGGAAACAGUCUCCGAAAAGUCGAAAAAUGAGGGAACCAUCCGUAAAAUACCUAUCAGUGUAACUCACAGCUCUUCUGUCACGUCAUCCAACUAUCCUGUCAAGCAAAUGUCACCUUCAAAACGAAAGAAACUACACGAUCAGUUAGUAGCAAAUCCUGAGGUGAAACAUUUAAUGACUCACGGUGGAAAUCAAGACAAAYUGUCAGAUGUCCCACAUGGUACAGCGACCGAACACAUCGCGGGCCCGGAUAUUCCUUGCGAUGACGACGACGCUAGUGACAGAAGUAUGUGGAACUGCGGUCAAUGUCAGCGGUCUUUUACCCAAAGAGCAUUAUUACAAAUCCAUGUAUGUCCAGGCAUGCCCAAUCGACCUUAUAAAUGUGGCCACUGCGCAGACUCGUUUGCUCAACCAAACGAUCUUCGUACUCAUGUCGUCAAACAUACCAAUGAAAAACCAUUUAAAUGCGGUUAUUGUUCCCGCUCUUUUGCAGGCGCAACAACCCUCAAUAACCAUAUAAGGACACACACAGGAGAGAAGCCAUUUAUAUGCAACCAAUGUAGAAAAAUGUUUAGUACAGCGUCGCAACUUAGUAGACACCAAAAAACGCCAUCUGAAUGCACAUGAUUAACUUGUAAUAAUAAUAGAAAACAAACAAAACUCAAUUAGAUACUCCAUUGCACUUAUUCAAUUACUGAGUAAUUAAUAAACAUGUUACCAAC